AAAUUAAGCUUAAUGUAACCAAAAUGUACUCAAAUAUUAUAUUUAUCCUUAGUAUAGUUCUUAUAAGCAGUGUAACCUCUAAACCAUCCAUAAUAUGUGAUAUAGAUGACCACAGAUGCCUGACAGAAGGUGCUGAAAGAUCAUUCGAAGAAUUCAUUAGAGGUAUACCUGGAAAUAUACCGUCAGACCCCUUACGUCUAGAUUACUUCGAAGUCGACCUUCCAACGAUAUCCUAUAAGCUGACAGGAGCCUCACUUGCUGGCAUGAGUGAUUGUAAGAUAGAAUUGGUCAAAAUAUCUAGCAAAGAAAAGAAGUACAAUUACCACGUUUGCUGUCCACAUUUAGUAUUCCAAUCGAGAUGUGAAUUAAAGGGUAAUAUCGGUCCUCAGUACGUUGAGGGCAAAGGCUCGACAUGUAAAGUUGACCAUUAUGACUACAAUUUCCUUUUCAAUGGAGAUAUUUACAGAAAAAUUAGGCCUGACAAUAAAAUUUACCUCGAAUUACUAACAAGUAAUCUGGAAAUCGAAGCUAAGGGGAAAGUGGUGUACGAGUUCAAAAACCUUUUCAAUGGGAAUAAAGAGAAAACUGCUGCAGUACAAGACUUUAUGAACGAACACUGGCAUUUUGUGAAUAUACUGCUACGUAAACCAGUAAUGGAAGCGUUUAUGAAAAAAUACAUCAAGAAUGUCAACAACUACCUAAGUAAAAAGCCAAUGGAAGAUAUAUUUUAUCAAGAUUGA